AUCUCAGCUGACGGGCUGCUAGUGAAGUGUUGGGUUGUCUGCGGUAGGCGAGCGAGUUCGCGUAUCGAUCGUGUUGUUCGUCCCAUUUUCUCGGGCCAUCGUGUGCAGUCGUCGUUUAUAAUCUUCAUUAAUCAGUGCGAUGUGCUUCGUGUCGUUGUUUAUUCAACAUUUUUAGUCAAUUUUCGUUAGAAACCCACCUAUUUUACAGCUGUGUAAGUAGCUUGGGUGCAGCACGCAGUACCAUAUUACCAUUCAGGCGUCCUGAAAUAGUGUGCGGAAAACAGAGAGAGAGAGAGCUUAGCCUCCUCAGCACUGUAUUAUUUACCAGCAAACAAAUAAUUGAUCCAAGAUGACUGAAUACUGGCUCAUCUCAGCGCCAGGUGACAAAACCUGCCAACAAACAUGGGAAACAAUGAACAAUUUGACUUCCAAGCAAAAUUCAUUGUCGAAUAAUUACAAAUUUCAUAUUCCUGACCUUAAAGUUGGAACCUUAGAUCAAUUAGUAGGUCUAUCGGAUGAUCUUGGAAAAUUAGACACUUAUGUUGAGCAAAUUACCAGAAAAGUAGCUGUAUACCUGGGAGAAGUUUUAGAAGAUCAAAGAGACAAGCUGCAAGAAAAUUUGAUGGCAAAUAAUUGUGAUUUGCCUACGUAUAUUACACGUUUUCAAUGGGACAUGGCUAAAUAUCCUAUCAAGCAAUCAUUGAGGAACAUUGCUGACAUCAUAAGCAAGCAAGUUGGACAAAUCGAUGCCGAUCUCAAAACGAAAUCGACCACUUACAAUAAUUUAAAAGGCAGCCUGCAAAAUUUGGAGAAAAAACAAACAGGAAGUCUUUUGACUCGCAAUCUAGCUGAUCUUGUAAAAAAAGAACAUUUCAUUCUUGAUAGUGAAUAUUUAACAACGCUGCUCGUAAUCGUGCCCAGAGCAAGCUUUCAAGAAUGGAAUACAUUGUAUGAAAAGUUGACAGACAUGAUCGUACCUAGAAGUUCUGUUCUCAUCACCCAAGAUCAGGAAUACGGUCUUUAUACUGUCACCUUAUUCAAGAAGGUUAUCGAAGAAUUCAAACUUCACGCUCGUGAAAAGAAGUUUAUCGUACGCGAUUUUACGUACAAUGAAGAAGAAUUAGCUGCUGGUAAAAAUGAAAUGACUAAACUCGUGACUGAUAAGAAGAAACAAUUCGGGCCCUUGGUACGGUGGUUGAAAGUCAAUUUCAGUGAGUGUUUCUGCGCUUGGAUUCAUGUAAAAGCUUUGAGAGUCUUCGUCGAGUCCGUUUUGAGAUACGGACUGCCCGUAAAUUUCCAGGCUAUCCUUUUACACCCAAACAAAAAGAGCACCAAGCGUUUGAGAGAUGUUUUAAAUCAAUUAUAUGCACAUCUCGAUUCCUCCGCCACUGCAGGCAGUGCUUCGGGUAAUCAAGAUAGUGUUGACAUUCCAGGCUUAGGAUUUGGACAAAGUGACUAUUUUCCUUACGUCUAUUACAAAAUUAAUGUUGAUAUGGUUGACAAUAAAGUUUAAUAAAGUUAUGUGCUUUGAAUAUCAUCAAAAAUUCACUAAAAAGGUUCUUCUGUCAUAGUUCAUGUGAAUGAUAGUUUAAUAAACAUCAAAAAACAAACUUUCUGAAUGUACUAUGUUAGUGAAGAAUAUUUUAAUUUAGCAUAGUAGCUUAUUUUUUUGCUAAAUGUUUGGAUGCCAAAGGCUUCACUUUUCAAUUCUUCUGAAACGAUUAAAUAUGAUGAGAGGAGAUAAUAUACAAGCAACUCUACUAUGCUAAAUUAAAACUUAUUUAUUAUUAAAGUGAAUUGCUCCUAUUAUUAGGCACUUGGUUUCUAAAAAGAAUAGUGUGUUUUGUCAUGCGCAUUCACUGUUAAGAUGUUAAUGUAAAUGGUUACAGUAAUUGUGUUCCAUCGCUGAAAAAGUUAAUUCCUGUAUAAAGUUUAAAUUACGUCAUUAAAAGAUACACAAAUUAAUAUAAAUUUUUUAUAUAUUAUACCAUAUACACACUGUUUAAUGAAGCAAAAUUGGGAACUUACUUUAUUUGAAGAUUCAAAAAAUCAAUACUCUUAGAUUGUCAGUAUCUGUUGCGUUGUCUAAAUUUUAUCAUUAAAAUUUUUUUUGGUCAAGAAGUUUUACUAGUAAAUCUGUGAAUAUAAUCUCAUCAUAAUCUUUUAAAGAUGAUUGUUUAUUUGAAUAAAUAUUGUAUUAUCGAAGACUCACUGUGCUUUGUAUUUUAUUUUAUUCACGUGUUGUAACAAAAAAUAUUUAUGUAUUAUAAGAAGAUUUUCUUUGAUCAUUGUUUAAUUUUAGUUCAGUGAAUUAAAAAUCGCUUACUUGCUGUGCAUAAUAAACUUUAUUUGCGAUAUCUA